AUGGCUAAAAUAUUUGAGAGAUUUAAAUUAUUGUCUAUGACUUUAGAUGAAUUUGAAGAAAAGUAUAUGAAGAAUCCAAAUGAAAAUAAUGAGGGAGAGAAAGAAGUAAAAGAAAUCAAAAAGGGGUUAAAACAAUAAAUGGAUUAAUUAGAAGGAGUGAAAACAUAGACACCAAAGAUUAAAUUUGAUUCAACCAAUAGAACAUAUUCGUGUUCUGAAUGUUCUAAACAAUGCAACUCAAAAUCAGCUAUGUUAAAUCAUCAAUAUUUUAAACAUAAUAGACCAAAAAAGUCAGCUAUUGGCAAGUCUACCAAAUAAUAAAACUAAGAAAUAGAUGUCGAUGAUAGGAUGGAUGAUUUGAUUAUUUUAUAAUGA